AUGUCUUCCUUAUAAUCAGAGAAAAACAAAGAUGAUAUAGAUUAAGAAGAUAAAUAAUUUUGUUGUUGCUUUUUAAAAAAAAGAAAUAAAGUUACUAAAAUCUUAAUGAAUUCAAAUUCCAUGAAUUACUCAAUUCUAAAUAAAAAUAUUAUUAAUUUGGAAUGUUUGAAAGAUGUAUAAUUACAUUUAGAAACAUAUCCUGAACGACAAGCUCUUUUGAAUAGUUUGAGAUACAAAGUUAUUAAUCUUGAAAAAUAUCCCUUAAUUCUUGUAUAUAAGAAACAAUUAUUACAACCUGACAUUCAAGUUGAAGAUGAUGAAAUAACUUUGAUUUUAUCAUAUGCAGAAUAUGUAGUUGAAUAUACGCCAUUAAUUAUCCAUUCGAAAAUAAUGGAAAUUAUUGAUAAUAAAUAAGCACAAGAAAAUUGUGAAAUAUAUUUUAGUGGUAUUUUCUAACAUUUAAAUAUUAACAUUUGUGAUAAUGUAAUAGUAAUUCCUUUUAGUUCAUCGUUGAUAAUAAUUGAUCCUAUUUUUAAUGAAUUGAAAUUAAAAUGUCGAUAAGCAUUAUUUAAUCUAUUAGUUCCAUUUGUUCCAAUUUUAGAAAAAGUAACAAUUAUCCUUCCAAAUAUUAUACCAUUAAAUAGUAUAAUGUCGGUAGUUGAAUUAUUGAUAAGUUUAAGAAUAAGAAUGAUAUCAUAAUGUUAAUACACAACAUUAAUAGUAAAUUGUAUUUAAGAGAAUAAUCGAUUUGAUGAAUUCAAAUAAUACAGAAUUAAUUUUGAUCUUAAAUAUUAUCGCGAAUAAGUUAAUUAAUUUGUGAAAUAGAAAUUAAGUACUCAAUAUAAUAUUGAUAAUUUACCUGUGUAAUUCUUGGCUCAAUUACUUUGGACCAAUAAACCUUUGUCAACCUAGCAAUUCUUAGAGUAGACUCAAAUAUUUUCAUAAAGAAAAUCAGAUCCUAUCUCAUAAACUUCACCAGUCACUCCAAAUUACAAUUAUGAGAGCAACUACAAAUUUGAAUUGGAAGGAUCCUCUCUUAAAAAAGAUAAAGAAUCAUAUUGA